CUUUUUAAUAUUUAUUUCUAAUUAAAAAAAACCGCCAAUUUUAUAUCUUCGUUUAUUAACGGUUUUCUGCCAUUGCAGCUUCCAUUCUCCUCAAUCUAUCACAGAAAACCUAAUCUUCAUGAAUUUGGGAAAUUUUGCUGCAUCUGCUGUUUCCUGUGAACCGGGAAGCAACAACAAUUUCUUUUUCUGGAUUUUGGUUUGCUUGCUACCAAGUUCUCUAGGAGCUCCUAAAUUAUAUGUUCAUUAUUUUUCCAAUUUUUAACUUCAGCUGUUGGAAUCUCAUCUUGUUCUUGCAUUUGUGAUCUUCAAUUGUUGAUAAGCCAUGGUUUUCGCUCGACACAAGCCAUUCGUGAACCAUUUGGAAUUGAAACUACCAAAUGGACCACCUGAUCUAUUUACUUGUGAAUCUGAUUAUGUGGAUUCAUUUUCUGAUGUGUUUGGUCCUGCUCCCAUUGAAGCUUCAAUUGGGAAUUUGGUAGUUGCAACAAGUUCAAGUGGAAAGGUUUGCAAUGAUUAUCCUUCUGUCAUUCAUAUCCGCUCACAUUCAUUACAUUCAAGUGGAGCAUAUAUUGAUCCAUCCUCAGUGCGUAGCAAACUCACUUUACACGAGACAGGUGAUGAGUUGGAACUUCUUGCAGAGAAGGAGUAUAGAGAAGCAAAGGAAGAACUUGAAGAGUAUUCAGUUAAUGAUGAUGCUGUAAAGGAAAAUAAUUUAGAAUCUAAUGAUUGUUGCAUGAAUUAUCAGAGUAUUGGAGUUGAGGAUUUUGAAGUUUUGAAGGUCGUUGGUCAAGGUGCUUUUGGUAAGGUGUACCAAGUAAGGAGGACUGGUACUUCGGAAAUAUAUGCGAUGAAGGUGAUGCGCAAGGAUAAGAUUGUACAAAAAAAUCAUGCAGAAUAUAUAAAAUCUGAAAGAGAUAUAUUGACAAAGGUGGUACACCCUUUUAUUGUGCGGCUCAGAUACGCAUUCCAAACAAAAUAUAGGCUAUACUUGGUGCUUGAUUUUGUCAAUGGUGGUCAUGUUUUCUUUCAUCUCUAUUGCCAAGGCCUAUUCAGGGAGGAUUUGGCACGCUUCUAUGCUGGAGAGAUUGUUUGUGCUGUUUCUCAUCUUCAUGCAAAUGGUAUAAUGCACAGGGAUCUUAAACCUGAAAAUAUUCUUCUCGAUGCAGAUGGUCAUCUAGUGUUAACGGAUUUUGGCCUGGCUAAGGAAUUCACGGAGCUCGCAAGGUCAAAUUCUAUGUGCGGAACUUUAGAGUACAUAGCUCCUGAAAUCUUUAUAGGGAAGGGUCAUGAUAAGGCAGCAGAUUGGUGGAGUGUGGGGAUUUUGCUAUUUGAAAUGCUUACAGGGAAACCUCCUUUUACGGGUGGAAAUAGACAGAAGAUUCAGCAGAAGAUAAUAAAAGACAAACUGAAGCUCCCGGCUUUCUUGUCAAGCGAAGCACAUUCACUGCUAAAAGGGCUUUUGCAGAAAGAUGCCAGGAAGCGCCUCGGCAGCGGGGCAAGAGGCAGCGAGGAGAUAAAAAGCCACAAAUGGUUUAAAUCAGUCAACUGGAAGAAGCUGGAAGCUCGAGAAAUAAGACCGAGUUUUGUACCCGAAGUUUCCGGAAAGCACUGUGUUGCGAACUUCGAGGAGCGGUGGACUAACAUGCCAUUGCUGGAUUCUCCAGCUGCUAGUCCCAAAAAGGAUGACAAUACCUUCAAGAAGUUCUCCUUUAUUGGUACUCCCAGUCUGUGCCUUGUGGGAGAUGCUUGAAUUCUACAAAAGGUUCAGUUAGAGAAUCCAACUCUUGUAAUUCAUAUGAUGGCUGAGAAAAUUGUAACAGUUCCAUACGUCCUCUUUGUGUAUGCUUUUUGGUAAUUAUACAAGCAAGUAGUACAUUGUUAUGUUUAA